UGCUCACCUGCGAGCCUAGGUGUAGAAAUACUCAGCUUGGGCCGCCUGGGAUUCGUUCCAGCAGGUGGCCUUCAAAGUCCAACCUGCUAGAUUGAAAUCUGACACGGACAGAGAGACUCCCUCCCCGGGAGCUUGGCCACUGAAAACUGAACCGGGAACCAGGAAAUGAACAAACCUCUUCAUCUUGAAAACUAACCGGGCUCCCUGGGAACCGAGCAAGCGCCAUGGGAAACCGGCUGUGCUGCUUCAGGGGAAGCUGUACAGACAGCAUGCUUUAGAAGCCUGUCUGUCUCUUUCUCUCUAAUCGACAAAAGUGGAAAAUGUUCCACGAAGAGGAGAAAUCAGACAAAGUUGGUUCUGGGGAGAUUUGGAAAUGUACUAACAAGAAAAAAAAAAAAGCAUCCGGAGAGCUGCAUGUCCAUUUUCCAGAAGAAAAACAAAGCAGAGAACCAAGUAAGACGCACAUCGAAGCAUCAGCAGCAAGAAGAGCUGCAGAAGAAUGGCAGCAAGGGCCAUGAAACCACAGGACACACCUAUGAGCGAGUGUUACAACAGUCUGUAUCUCAAAGGAGAAGUCAAGACCUCACAUCAGACAGCAAUUUACAUUAUGCAGACAUUCAAGUGUGCACCCGUACCCAGCCCCGCUCAGCCAGUGAGGUCAAACACAAGCAUUUAGAAACUGCGACAGAGUAUGCCACCCUUCACUUCCCCCAGGCCUCGCCUCGCUAUGACAGCAAGAAUGGGACCUUGGUGUGAACCUUGGGGAAGAUGGACUAGUCUCCAUCAUGUUACCACCACUCCGAUGAGGAGAAAUCUACUGAUUUGAGGAAUUGGGUGACAGCCCAGGGAUGUUGCUUACUUGAUUUUUUUUUAAAGUCCUUGAAAUUGUGUGUGUCCCUUGUCUCUCCCCAGAACUUUUGUCACUGUUAGCUUGCAAGUUGUGGUUACAUUAGCGAUGGAUGGAUGGAUGGAGUGAGUGAGUUCCAUAAAGACAAGUAAGAGUGUGUAGGAAAAUGGGUCUUUGACCCUCUAACAUUGCUUGGACUCCGAAGUGCCGAAGGAAAAGGGUCCUAUCUAUGCAUGUGGACUUCAUUUAAUGACUUCUUUUAUACACAGUGAACUCCAGAGUUGAAGAGUGGCUCUGGAAAAGCAUCCUGAGCUUUUUGCACACAGCCCAAGGCCUGGCUUGGGCAAUUUCCUUAGUAGCUGGUUCCAGGGUUCCAGGCUUAGCAAACUUCAGGGGUCAAGGGUGAGGCAUAAAGCCUUUCCAACCACCGGUCCCAAGGACUUCAAGUCAUUGAUGCUAACAGCCCGGAGAUGCCUGGAAACUCCUUGGGAUGAACUGAUGUAAGUUCUUGCUCGUGCAAAGCCACUAGAAUCAAUAAAGGAGCGUAAAGAACAA